AUGGACUGUGAUUUGAAUAUCAAUAAGGUUGUCAUCCUGGGACAGGAUCCAUAUCAUGGACCCAAUCAAGCUCAUGGGCUCUGCUUUAGUGUGCAAAGACCUGUCCCGCCUCCGCCCAGUUUGGAAAACAUUUAUAAAGAGCUGUCUACAGACAUAGAUGGUUUUGUUCAUCCUGGCCAUGGAGAUUUAUCUGGGUGGGCCAAGCAAGGUGUUCUCCUACUCAACGCUGUCCUCACGACCGGACCAGUCCGGGCGCAUCAGGCCAAUUCUCAUAAGGAGAGAGGUUGGGAGCAAUUCACCGAUGCGGUUGUGUCCUGGCUAAAUCAGAACUCGAGUGGCCUCGUCUUCUUGCUCUGGGGCUCUUAUGCUCAGAAGAAGGGCAGUGCCAUCGAUAGGAAGCGCCACCACGUGCUGCAGACCGCCCAUCCCUCCUCAUUGUCGGUGUACAGAGGGUUCUUUGGGUGCAAACAUUUCUCUGAAACCAACGAGCUGCUGCAAAAGUCUGGCAAGGAGCCCAUCAACUGGAAGGAUCUGUGACCCUGAACUGGGGGAGGGGACUGGGGAUGAGGGAGGGGGUCCUCCGGGCAGUUUCUAGAAGCUGCUGUUGAAGUAUUUGUCAGUGACGAAGUCGAAUUGAGAAAAUAACUUCCCUAGUGAUCCUUAAGCACUAUGCACACCAGGGAGAACGUUUCCGUAAAGGGGCCAUGUGCCAGGCUGCCCAGGAGCGGCAGCGUUAUUCAGCAGAGACUGUACCCGGUGACCACGGGUCUGUCUCAGGAACUUGGCUUUGGCUUAGAAGACACGUCGAAGUUUUGGGAAAGGAGAGGUCAAAUUCUCUAGACUCUCCUCCGCUCUGUUUCCUUUAUGGUUGAAGAUGGGAAGAUAAGCACCUUUUUAGUAUCUCAGUUAGCUGCUGCUCGCUUUUACCUGUAGGUUAAACAUUAGGUUAUAAGGUGUUGAGUGUUUUUAUAUAGAAAGGCCCCCUUCGCACAUGGGCCAGGUGCACUGCCCUUUGAUCCUUUACAGAGCCCUCAGGCCCCUCCUGGAAGGAAAUGGGAGUUUUUUUAUUUUUGCCAGUUCCCAGAAAUUAGGGGUCAGUUUCCUGAUUGUAGCAGAGGAGAAAAUUCCUAAGGAACAAUUCCUGCUGUGAGCCUUCGGACUGGCAGAGGCCAGGAGAAGUAGGCCCGGCCUAGUUUAUAUUGUUCUCUGGGUGUUUCUAGGAAUAAGCAGUGGAAGUUGAACAGGAAGGAGAAAGGGGUUUGGUUUGGUUUUGUGUUUUUUUAAGAAGGGAAAUGGUUUUCUCCCAUGUGUAUCUUGAACUGGGAGACAAGGCAGCAUAGUGCCAAAUGCUGUUUUUUUCUGGACUGAAAUCACGUUGGGAUCCCAUUUUCUGCAACACUGGAGAAUUUCGCUCUUUUAAAAAAUACUUAAAUGCCCGGCCGACGUGGCUCAGGGGUCGAGGGUCGACCUAUGAACCAGGACGUCACAGUUCGAUUUCUGUGGAUGUUUUGUAUUUUUUUACUCCUUUGUUUAAGAGACCAUCUUUAUUAGGGCUGAGCCUCCAUCCAAGGUCCUGUUAGAGAUGCUGUUAGCUGGGCUCAAAGUUAAACCUGCUUAGAGUUUGGUAAUAAAAGGUUGCUGAAGUUUCAAAAAAAAAAAA